AUGGGAUCUCCGGACAGAGAGUGUGCGGUGAUACUGGUCGGUGGACCCACUAAAGGGACGCGGUUUCGGCCGCUUUCACUGAACGUGCCGAAGCCGCUUUUCCCGUUGGCGGGGCAGCCGAUGGUGCAUCACCCCAUCUCCGCAUGCAGAAGAAUCCCCAAUUUAGCACAGAUAUACCUGAUUGGGUUCUAUGAGGAGAGGGAAUUCGCGCUUUAUGUGUCGGCGUUAUCCAAUGAGCUUAGAGUUCCUGUUAGAUAUUUGAGGGAAGAUAAGCCACAUGGCUCGGCAGGAGGGCUGUACAGCUUCAGAGAUUACAUAAUGGAAGACAACCCGUCUCAUAUAGUUUUGCUGAAUUGCGAUGUUUGUUGUAGCUUUCCCCUCCCAGAAAUGCUUGAUGCCCAUAAAAGAUAUGGUGGAAUGGGUACUGUAUUAGUAAUAAAGGUAUCAGCUGAGUCAGCAAGCCAAUUUGGUGAGUUGGUGGCUGAUCCUGUCACAAAUGAACUGCUACACUAUACAGAGAAACCGGAAACUUUUGUGAGCGACCUUAUAAAUUGUGGUGUCUAUAUAUUUACACCAGAUAUCUUUAAUGCCAUAGAAGAUGUCUUUACAGAGCGGAAAGACAGAGCUAAUAUACGACGCGUAACCAGCUUUGAAGCACUCCAAUCAGCAACAAAGGCUCUUCCUGCAGACUAUGUUAGGCUGGAUCAGGAUAUCUUAUCCCCUCUUGCAGGGAAGAAAGUACUCUACACGUAUGAGACACUCGACUUCUGGGAACAGAUUAAGACUCCAGGGAUGUCGUUGAAAUGCUCUGCCCUGUACCUUUCUCAAUUCCGCCAUACCUCUCCCCAACUUCUAGCAGCAGGAGACGGGGCGAGAAGGGCCACAAUCACUGGUGAUGUGUAUAUCCAUCCAUCAGCAAAAGUGCAUCCAAGUGCAAAGAUUGGCCCUAAUGUAUCAAUAUCAGCCAAUGCUCGUAUUGGAGCUGGUGUUAGGCUUAUCAGUUGCAUCAUUCUAGAUGAUGUUGAAAUUAAGGAAAAUGCAGUUGUUAUUCAUUCUAUUGUUGGGUGGAAGUCAUCUAUUGGGAAGUGGUCUCGUGUACAGGGAGAGGGAGACUACAAUGCCAAACUCGGGAUUACUAUCCUUGGUGAAGCUGUGACGGUUGAAGAUGAAGUGGUGGUGAUUAAUAGCAUCGUCCUCCCGAACAAGACCCUAAAUGUCAGCGUGCAAGAGGAGAUCAUCCUGUAACAGUGAAGUGACUCCCAAACAAAAUCUCAUAGAACAGCUUAUGGUUUUCAUUUUUGUUCAUUUAUCACUAUACAUCUUCCGAACUUUUGUAUUUCCUUUUCUUGAAGUUUUAGAGCUGCUGUUGUUACUUCUCUAGAGGUUGCUACCCGCCAACACAAAGGCUAUAUUUUUCUCCAACCUAUUUUAUGAUUAGAUUAUCGGAAUUGUAGUCUUGUAGCAUUUUGUUUAGACAUGUAAGUGAAUGAAUAAUAAGCAUCAGUGUUGGAUAUGUGUUGGAUUUAA